AUGAUUGCAUGGAGGAGGCUCAGGGCGCUGGCACAAGCCUUGCUUCUUGUCAGCUUGGUACAGGCACUGGAGAUCAACUAUUGCUCGCCGGACAACACGGGUUCCAGCUUUCAACCAGUUGAGGAUUCUUACCAGUCCAACGGGGCUUGUCAAGAUACAUGCAAGAGCAGUUAUGCCUUCGCUGUUAUUCAGGGUCAAAACUGCUGGUGUUCAAAUUAUGCUCCUGGCUAUAGUGUCAACACCUUGAACUGCCAGGAUUCUUGCCCUGGAUACCCUACAGAGUGGUGUGGUUCAUCAUCCAGUGGCCUUUACGCAUACUUCCAGCUCACCCUAUCCCCGUCUGGCACCUCUGCCCGUUCAUCUGCACGACCUUCAAGUACUCGUGGAAGCUCAGUGAGUGGCCCUCUCACUACUAAAUCUCCAAGCUCUUUUUCUUUCUCAGGGCCUUCGUCCCCGCCUGUUGUCUCUUCAGAAGCCGGACCCCGGCCUGCCACUUCGUCAGUGUUGACGGUCAUCACUACGCAGACUACUGCGCCGGCUGGGUCGGAACAGCCCACUGUGACUGUCACCGAGAAAGCGCCCUCGCCGAGUCCUUCAUCCAGUGAGCGUGUCGUCUCAACUGAGGUCGUUUCAACCACAGUGGUGAAUACAUCCAUAUCUACUCCCACCGCUACACCUAUACCAACUACUCUGGUCACAUCCUCCAGUACCUUCAGUCCUUCACCAACUCCUUUGCCGACCGAAGCUCCUAGCCUCGUUCCAUCUGUCAUCACGGUCACACAGAAUGGAACAACAAUCACCAGCACAGCUAGUGUGGCUCCCAGCACCGACCCAGCUCUUGGACAAUCUUCGCCUCCACCUAGUGGCGGGAACCCUGGCAGAAUGGCUGGUAUCGCAAUAGGCGCUGCCGUGAGUCUGGCGGCCAUACUCGGACUAGCUUUCUGGCUGUAUCUACGUAGAAGGGGACAGAAUCUGUCACCACCCAGGACACCAGAGAGCGAUCGAGCGGAUGGGGUUAAAGGCCUUCCUACGCGUCAUGCUAGCCAGAUGUCGCAGGCUGGUUUAAUUGACAAGAAUCCCAGAAUUAUUACCACCGGCUUACCCAUAGGCUCCAAUUCCAACAGCGCUGGCACCUCACUUUCUCCGAGCCACCGCUACAGUGCUGGUACCGACUUGAGAUUGAAUCCGAAUGCUAUCUACACAUGCGAAGAGAGUCAGCACAGUAGCGUGUCCCUUCAGGACAAUCGUGAUUAUUCGAGGCAAUUGCAAGUCCGCAAUCCCGAUUCUUGA